ACUCGCACCUCUGCAAUCACCAAGAAAAUGCAACAUCAUUUCUCACACGACCAGCACAGCUGAGGGAGAAGGCAGACAUGCAGAGGCUCCAUUCAGUCGAGGCGCUGUGACCCAUGCCUGGUGCCCUCGGAGCUGCAGCUGUGCCCACAGGCCCCCUGGUGCCCUCCUGCCCCUCCUCUCCCGCUCUCCUGAUGUACUAAAAGCACACAUUGCUGAAUGGUUUGAUGGAGAUCUGGUCGGAUGACAGCUGGAACUGUUGUCAUAACUGGAGGAAUUCUCGCAACGGUGAUACUCCUGUGUAUCAUAGCAGUGCUGUGUUACUGUAGACUCCAGUAUUACUGCUGCAAGAGGAAUGACUCGGAAGUGGACGCAGGCUCUACCGGGGACCCUCAGCCACAGUUUGCCUGCAACGCGUGCAGCGCCCCCGGGGUGGACGGCUCGGCGGUCACUCCUCUCGCGCUGCCCUACGAGCCGGCGGCGGCGGCGUCGCAGCAGCUGCUCCAGCAUCAGCUGCCGCCGGCGCACAAGUUCUGCCCGACGUGCUCGCCCUACUACAUGCGCUCCAUGGACGACCUGCGCAACGGCGGCGAGCGCAUGGCCUUCAUGCCCGCCGCGCACUACGAGAACCCGGCCGCGUCCUUCUCCAUGUCCUCGCUGCACUCGGCGCCCAUGAGCAGCCGCUCCACGCCCGACUUCUACACCAACACCCGCGCCAUCAGCACCGACGUCUGAGGCCGACGGCGGGGCCACACCCACGACGGCAGGACACGAUGCCCGACCACACACACAC